AUAAUAAAUAUGACUACCAGAGCUGUUAAAAUAAUCCACGAAGAUGAGAUCAGGAAACUCAAGGAUGUCAGUACUUACCAAUCCUUGACUGAGAUAAUUACGAACAAACUUGUUAUUGAGCUAGAACACUAUAACCUUACUUAUUAUGAUGAAGACGGUGAUACUAUUACUAUCUCUAAUGAAGAUGACUUUGAUGAAUGCAUGAAUGUUUUUAUGCCAAAAGUACCAAAGAUUUUCCUCAAGCCAAAAGAGGCAGAGGACCAUGAAGAAGCAAAGCUUGAGGAUCAUUUCCCGGACAUUGCUCUUACUGUCAGUACUUGUGAGAGACCAGGAUCUUUCGCAAGAGAUAGUUCACCGAAUGCAGAAGAAUUUGGAAUCAUAGAAGACCAAAAGAAUGAAGAAAACUCAGAGGUAAGAUACGAAGUCAAGGAUUACCACCCAAUUGAGGAGUAUGUAGAACAACAAGAAUCUGAAAAAGAGAAAGAAUCAGAACAUUCUGAGGCUGGGAUUCAGACAGAAGAAGACAAAGUUAUAGAAUCUGACGAAAAAUCGACUUGAAUGGAAAUUAGCGAAAUGCCAAUUAUAGAUAGCUCUGUCCAAACACAGUCUAUUGACAAUGUUGAAGCUGGAACUGAUGCUGAAUUACCAGUUGAAUGAGCUGAUCAGAAUAUUAACACUGAAGAACUAAGCACUGAGGAUAAAGCUAAUCAGAAUGAAAUAAUGAUUGCCGAGUCUGGCAACGACCCUAUUGAGAUACAGGUCGUCAACCAAGAAAUAAAUACCAAUCUCGUUGGAGAUCAAAAAUCUGAGGAAAAGUCAGAACACAUUGAAGCUAUCUCAGAAGAAGACAUUAACAAUAUUCUAGCUAAUGCUGUGAAGGCUCAGAUGGAAGAGCUAACUCCUAUUCUUAUGCAAGAAUGCAAAAAGUACCUACUUUCACACAGCCAGAACGAAGGGGAUCUAAUGAAGAUUGGUCAAAUUCCUUCUAAUGCUAAAUGUUUUUCUUGAGAUAGUGAUAACUGUGUGGAAGCUAGAUAUUUCUGUAAUAGUUGUGCUGAUGAGACUUCUAGUCAGAAGCAUAUGCUCGAGUCUAAAAUUAGAGAAUCUAUCCAAGAGAAUUUCGUAAGUUGAGUCAAUAAAUCAAUUCAUUCUCAAUCUUCCUGUACUAAGGAAUUUAAAUCAAUUCAAGGAAAAUCCUGCUCUAGUGAAUCUGUUAAAAGCGGGAAGCCUUCUCUAAGAUCAAAAUCUGCUAGUUCUCACUACAUUAAGAGCAAAAGAUCAGAUGUAAGUGGGACUGAGGGACAUAAAAAUGAAUCUAAUAGAAGCUCGACUGUAAAGAGAUCCAAAAGCUGUGCCUCAUCAGCAAGUGGAAAUACAAAGUCUUUCCACAGAUCAGGUUCUCACAAAUCCUCCGAACAUAAGAAGCCAACUCUUUCUGAAAGACUCUGCUCUUGCUGCACAUCUGAGCGGGAAAGAAUUCUCCAAGAAGAAGAACUAAAUAAGAUGAACUCUGAAGAAGAUAAAUCUCAAGGAGAAGACCCUGUGAUCUUGGAGGAAGAAGUCCCAGUAGAGCAGGUGCAAGAGUUCCCAGAGAUGGUGAAGAGAUCAGUCUUGAUGGAGUACAAACCUUUUGAAGAUGACUAUAUACAUAAGUUGAAGGUUAAGUGGCUAAGUCCUAUAGAUGUUACUCAUACAAUUGAUAGAGACACAGAGUCUUUUAAUGUUGAGUUUGAAGCAAUAAAUCCUGAUGCAGAAUAUAAUACCAGAUGGCCUAUCUAUUCUACUUUGGUCAUUGCUAAUUCUAAUGGAGGCGAACUAGAGAAAUGUACUUCGACAAUUAAGGAAAUUAGACCAGGAGUAAAAGCUAAAUUCUUAGCAAAAAUAAAAACACCAAAGAUUAAGAAAUUCGAAAUCUACCAGUUCCAGAUUGUUGAUGAAUUUGGAAGAGCAUUUGGAGAACCGAAACCAGUGAGAAUCGAAAUCUCAGAUGAAAACAUCAUUGACCUUACCGAAGAAUUUCAGGAGCCUAUUGAGGUGGAACCUCCUGUAGAACCUCAACAUCUUGCAGACAAGCUAUACCCUGAAGAGCAAAAUAGAAUCAGCGAGAUGGGAGUCGAAAUAAACGAUGCUGUUAAAGAUAAGCUUCUACAAGUGAAAGGAAGACUAGAUCUUUUCUUUGAAGCGUUCCAAUUCUAAAUCCCAUAUUUCAUAUUAGUUAAUCGAUACAACUAUAUUCUGUCAUAU